CACCAGCAACACAGCAGCGUCUGAGCAGACCCGGAGAGGACUGUCUAAAGUUCACCCUUACACACGAGCGGUGUUCUGCAGCACACACAGGGUUAAUCUACGUUUUCAACUCGCUGCUUUUUUUCCCUUUUUUGUUUAUUUUCCCCCCAUUUCAAUGGAGGAGUGCACAUGCGAUGGCAGACGGAAUAUUCUGCGCCGGGGACAACGACAGGAUUGGAAAUCACCGGUAACUGGUCAAUAAGAGUUCACCUCAUUUGUUGGGAUUUGCACAACGAAACGCGUUUUGGGGUUUUUUUUGCGCAAUUUUCUGGAUCCACGUUUAACGCGCUGCUCGAAGUCGCGCUUUCACUCUGCACCAGUUGCCAUAGCGUCGCAUUAAUAAUUCCAGUAUCUUUAUCAUUAUUAUUUUCAUUAUCGUUGACUUGACAGACGGGGAAAUGUUGCUAUAUUCGGACAAUAUUCCAUCUUUCAAUUCAAUCCGUCACCUGAGGCUGGGUUAAAUGAGUCUCGAUAGUUAAGUUGCCCACCCCACCGGUUAGAAGAUCUCGGAGCGAAACAGCCAAAGAUCUGGAGUCAUGGCUAAAAACCCAUCGGAGGGACCCGGUGAUGACCUGAGCAAGCUGACGGACGAAGAUCUGCUGCGAUGCAACAAAGAGGAGCUGGUCAAGAGGUUGCGGAGGGCGGACGGGGAGAAAAUGAACUUGAUGAUUGAGCACGGCAACAUGAUGAAGGACAUUAACCGGCGGCUGCAGGUGCACCUCCACGAAAUCCGGAGUCUGAAGGAGAUCAACCAGAAGCUGCAGGACGACAAUCAGGAGCUCCGAGAACUGUGCUGCUUUCUGGACGACGACCGGCAGAAAGGCAAGAAGCUCUCCCGAGAGUGGCAGCGUUUUGGCCGCUUCACUGCCAGCGCCAUGUGGAAGGAGGUGGGCACGUACAUGAUGAAGCUGAAGGAGCUGGAGGCCAACCAGGAGACGGUGAUGAGGGAGAACUCGGAGCUGAAGGAGAUUAUCCUCAUGUUGGACGAGGAGAGGAACGGCGCCGGCUCCAGGAGCUCCAUAGACAGUCAGUCCAGUCUGUCCAACCUGAACGGUGGUACUGGUACGGUCAGGGAUGUGGGAGAUGGGAGCAGCACCUCCAGCACUGGCAGCGCUGGCAGCCCAGACCAUCAUAAUCACAACCAUAACCACAUACACAAGCCCAGCUCAGAGAACAGUAAGUUGGGCACCACCAUGAGGAGGUCCAUGGAUGACCUUUCAGCCCCUCACCAUCACAGGAGCAUCCCUAAUGGCCUCAACGAUUCCUCCUCCAACUACAUUAGACAGCUGGAGACUAAAGUGAGGAUCCUGGAGGAUGACAACAAUAAGCUUCUGUCUCAGGCCUGUAGCCGGUAUAGCUUAUCACAGAUACAGACCAAAAAGCAGUGCAACCCAGGUGACCUGCGUGCCCUGAGGAAAGGAAUGACCCUCUACCACUCAGAGUCCCAGCUUUCUUCUCUGCCCCAGCGCCAGGACGCCAUGCACAUGGGUACAGGGCGUCUUCCGACCAGCGAGUCCUCUCCGGCCACGGGCUACCUGUCCUGCGUCCAGAAGCCUGAGGCUGUGGUGCAUGCCAUGAAGGUGCUGGAGGUCCAUGAGAACUUGGAUAAACAGGUUCCAGAGGACUAUGAAGAGGAUCUCAGUGAGAAGGAGAAGGCCAUUGUUCGGGAGAUGUGCAACGUGGUGUGGAGAAAGCUGGGCGAUGCGGCAGGAUCAAAGCCAUCCAUCAGACAGCACCUCUCCGGGAAUCAGUUCAAAGGGCCUCUGUAGCACGGCAACCGGAGAGAGAGAGAGAGAGAGAGAGAGAGAGAGAGAGAGAGAGAGAGAGAGAGAGAGAGAAGCCAAGAAAAAAAGCAGGAUCUACCUUCACUCACCUGAAACAGCCUCUUGUUACUGCCUACACUACCCAUCAUGCCACGUUUCCCCACUGCCUACAGUACCCAGCGUUCCCACAGCAAGCCUGCACAUCGGACGUGAUGACACCCCUCUGCACGGACAAUACGUUUCCUUUAGAGCUCACAAAGCAUUGACAACUGGCAGCUAGCUUCACGGACAUGCCAUUUUUUCUUUCCAUCGAUUCCGGGGUUAAAUGCCACAGAAUGAUGUCUUUCUUUUCAGUAGGCUAUAUUCUAGGCUUGUGAUAAAUCUGUGAAAAUUUAAGCUACAAAUAAGUACACGACAAAUAUAGUCCUUUUGCGCCUGUGCCACUCAUAUGGUUUCGAGCACAGAAGCUUAAAGUUGUUGGUGCAGAACUCUCUGGACAUGUUGCUUUUCUGUUAAGGUAACAUCGUGGUGGUAACUUCAGAUAAAGUUUGAUAGUACCUCCUAUAGAGACCUUAGCUUCUCUGUCACCUGUCUCGCCCCUUAGUGGUCAAUGAAUAUAAUAAGCAUUAGCAAUUUAAAGUGUUAACUAAGUGACACCCACUGUGACCUAGCGCCUUUUGCUCAUAAGACAAGUCUAUUAAUACUACAGUCUAGAGAUAACUGUUAACUUGUGUAUAUUAUGUAUAAAACCAUAGCACUACUAUGUUGUUAUCGUUGACUUUACUUUUAUCUAUUUUUUAUUCUAGUGUGGCCAUGCGAUCAAGUAUUUAGUUUGAAAGGCUUACACAACCAAACCUUAAACAAGGUUUUAUUUUAGUAAUGCAGUUCAUCAGUUUAUUAUUAUUGUAUUUUUUUUUAAAUCAAAAAUUUCUAAGAUUCCUUUCCUCUGCAUCCUCUGAAAAUGUAUCAAGGCCAUUCUCAAUCAGACCAUCUCGGCAAGAGUCAAAGAAUAGGUAGACGGAUAGUUUCCUUAUUUUGAAUUGUGAAAAUAACUGAAAUUGUAUGCUGUGUGCAUGCUCGACAAUCAUGUUCUCAGGUUGAGGGGGCUACAGCUUUACCUUUGCCCUGUGACUGUGUGUGUGCGCGUGUGCGUGCAUGCAUGUGUGUGGGUUUGUGUGUGUGAGAGCCGGCAUGAGUGUGAAGACUGAAUUGCUCUCUUGAAUCCAUCAUGUUUGUUUGUGAAUUCUCUUUUUUCUCUGUUGAAUCCUGGUUUCAGAACAGCUUAAGACUGCUGAAGACAUUUGCUGCCUCCACAACAGGCCUUGUCUCAUUGUUUAAUGAAACUCCCAAGGCCAAGGGCUAAAUUCUUUUGCCUGGUUUACACAAGUUUAAUUUGUGGCAGGCAUUAUAAGAUUGCUGUGAGUACAGUUUUUUUUUUUAACUUCCUUUAAUUAUUUUAAUUGUCCAGACAUUGCAACGAAUGGAGACGGUCAUGUUUUCCGGGAAUUAUGCCCUGUCCUUGCGGAUCCAGCAGGUGUGCUCCAGCAGUGCAUGUUUAUGAAAGCUGCACCCCCCCCCCCUUGUUAGGAUGUGAAAUAAGUCUUCCCUUAGAUGUUUUCUGCAAAUACAAAUGAUUUAAACGAGUAUUCCUUGAUGUCAGAGUGAACGAGCACUGUCAAUCAGAUGAACUGUAGCCAGGUUUUACACAGUCGGCAGGACUCAGUAACUGGGCCGUCCCUUUUGUUUACUUGGAAAAAGUGGUUCGCCUGGUGACCGCCAGGUGAGACUCUCCCAGUUUUGUUUUUUUUAGGCUGCUGUCUGUGCACCCAUGCUCUCUCAAGUAAUGACGUACACACACAAAAAAAAAGAAUAUUCAAAGUGUGGGAUUUUGCAAGUGUCCUUUUUAAUAGGAACAGAAUUGAAGCCAUGAUACAAUUUUGAAUAUUUUCUAUGGCAUUUGAUUUGAGAUGUGCCACAUUUUUUUCUGCAUGGUGUUUUGAUUUGGAACCUGGUUUUUUAAACUUAUAUAUAAAGUUUUUUUUUCUGCAUAUGUGCUUAACCACAAGAGUCCCAGACUCUACAGUGUAACCGUCAAUUCAUGUAGUAACUGGCAUGACUAACUUCUUUUCAUGAAAUUUACUGUUAUCAGAUGGAUAUUAUUGGUAGACAGAGAAACAAAAACAUGAAAUAGGGCACUUUUAGAAAGAAAACAAUUUAGCAGAAAAUAAACAGUUCUUUAAUGAUA